AUUUACAGCAAACUUCAUUCGUAUACUUCACAUAACCUUAAAAGUUUAAAAAAAUAAAUUUUAAAUCGAAAAUGUGUUAUUACAUUAAACAGUUAGAAGAGAGAAUUGUUUCGUGCGAAAUCGAUUUAUUAUCAUGGAGCGAACGAAUGGAUUUGGUAGCUUUUUCAAACAUAAAAGGAGAAGUUGCUUUGCAUCGCUUAAAUUGGACAAGGGUUUGGUGUUUAGCCCCUCCGAAAGACGGGGAGUUAGUUAAAGCGUUGUCCUGGAAUCCGGAUGGGAAAUUAAUUGCUAUUUCUUAUAAUUCAGGUUUAAUCAUAUUAAUUAGUAUAGAAACCAAAAAUAUUGUUAAUAAACUAGAAGUUCUCGGUGGAAUAAAUUGCAUGGAAUGGGGUAGUGAAAAAUCUGGGAAUAACAAUGUAAAAAUUACAUCAAAAGACAACGAUCAGAGUGGUUUUAUGAAAUAUUAUGAUAACUCAUCUACGUUUUUAUCCGAUCCAGAACCUCUUGCAAGCUCAACUUCAUUUGGAUCAAAUUCUUCGGAAGUUGAAACAAUUUACACAAUUUUAAACAAGCAAUCUCAAUUAAACAUGUUAAUAAUUGGAACAAAUGAUGGUUGCGUUUACAUCAGCAUUUUUGGUUGCUUUCCUUUAAUUAAAUAUGAUCUGCGAGAACAGCUUGGUUUUCCAUGUUCAGUUAUCAACAUUCAUAUUUCAGAUGAUUUAAAUUUGUUAUACGCAACGAUAAUUAAUGAAUUUGAUGUUGUUCAAAUCAUCAUAAUUGAAUUAGGGAUUUUUAAAUCGCAUUCAAAUGAAACUUUCUCUGUUUGUUGUAAAUACGAGCACAUAAAUUCGAUUGUAAAUUAUCUAGAAAAUGCUAUAAUUGCAAUAAAAGAAACUUGCGAAACUAUUUUGUUAGAAAUGGAUUCAAAGUUGUCAAAUUACGCGUCAAAAGUACCUCCGGGGACUUUAUCCACUGACUUUUUGGAUGUUUUGGUUUUUGGAGCUGUCUCUGAUUUAAUGCAUCAAUUCUUAUUGGAGGAUUUAACAAAAAAAGGGCUUGAAAAAUUUACUCAAACGAUCGAAAUGAGUUAUGCUAACAUACAAAAAUUGUUAUUAAAAAAUGUUACGAAAGUUGCUCAAAAUAUUACGUAUCAUUUAUCGGAAUUAAGGGGGAUGGCUCGGUUUAAAGAUCGAUAUGAAAUCUUGGGAUUAAACGAAGAUAAAAUUACAUUUGCGAUUUUAAAAAACGGUGAAUUUUUAACGAAAAGUGCCGAAAUGCAAUUAGUUAUUAAUUCCUCUAUGGCUAAUCAUAAAAUAUUUUUUCAAUGGUUAUACACGGUUAUAAUGCAUGUUACCGAUGAACCAAUUCCAAGUGAAAUGUCGAAAAUGUCCCUUGAUGAUUUAGCACAAAUUAGUGAGUUCGUUUUAAAUUUCGAUAAUAUUAAUGGAGGAAAUAAUAGCUCAAAUAGUACGAAAACUGGGUUUAUUAUGGAAAGAAUCGGACAAUAUCUCGAAGAUUCCGACUUAAAAGUACCCUCUGGGAUUGAAUCAAACGAAUGGAAUCGAUUUUUAGAUGAAAAUGAAUGCCUUCGCGGUUUAGACACCGUCUUAAAUCAUUCAAAAACUAAUUCUUUAAUACAACAAUAUAAUUUAUUAAAAGAAUCAAUUAAUGAAUGUUUUGAUGAUUUAAAAUAUUCCAUUGUAAAAAGGUUUGUUAUCAAAAAAAUAGUCGAGAUUAAUGCAGAGAUUAACAAGGAUAACUUAAAAAAUUUUAAAAUCACCUCUGUUUCAAAUGGUUUUGACCGAGUUUCGUUGGCUUAUCUCCCAAAAAACUCCUCAAAUCAAGGAUUUCAUUUCUUAGAAUUAAUCAACACAUACAAAAAUAACGAGAUAGUCGAAAUUAAUGAAUUUAACAUUUACAUUUCAUCUUUAAUGAAUCACGAAAUUAUUAAUCUUCAAUUUUACACCUCCAAUUUAUUAUCGUUGCUUCUCCAAGAAUCGAAUCAAAAUCGAACAGGAGUUAUCACCCAAAUAUCCACAUCGAUAAUCCGAGAAAAAUUAAAUCAAUCUUCUUUGAAUAAAGAGAUUUUUUGGAGGAAUUUGGAAACAAAUCCAACAUUAAAAGCUACCGAGGGAAUGAUUGCAGCGGAUUUUGCCGUUUCUGGAUCUAGAAAAGUCUCGAUUGUGUUGUCUGAUAAUCGACGGAAGGUGAGAAUUUAUGAAAUGGAAGCGGAUGAAGAUGAUGAGGAAGAAGCUGAAAUUACUGCGAGUUCGAUUAAAGAGAGUGAUAUUAGUAUGCAGGAGGAAGAAAAUAGUGAUUAAUUUAGUAAAGAAAUUAUCUGUCAUGUUAUUUGAUAUAAUUUAAUAAGUCUAAUUACUUAAAUUAAUUUAACAAUACUUCAUACUUUAAUUACUAAGAAACUCUUGUAUUACUAAUGGACUUAUCUUGUUAUUAAAACCUGAAUUAUUUGUUCUGAGAUAAGAUUAUUGCGAUAGCAUAAAAAACUUGUGUAGGACAUAAACAAUUCAGUUAGAAACCAUUCAAGGUAGUUUCAACAUCAUUUUUAAAUAAAAUGGGUGACGGUAAGAUACACACUUAACAACACAGUUACACAAUUAACAUAAUCAUUCAACAAAAACAAAUUUAUUCUAACACAGAUCCAGAUGCUAGAAGGUUUCCGCCCUACCCAUCAUAUUAUCCACCAGGAAUGCCACAUCCACCCCCUCAUUUAGGUCCUCCGGGUUCUCACCCUUCGUUUUAUCCCCCAACAUAUUUCCCGCCACCUCCUCCACCUAAAGAAGUUGAAAUUGAAUAUGUUCCCGAACCGGAACCUGAACCUGCUCCUAUUGAGUUAAUGCCAGAACCGGCUCCUACUCAUACUUAUGGAUAUGGAGGUGAGAAUGAAGCUUAUCUAGUUAAAAAAUUAUGUUUAGCUUUUAGUAAGUUAUUAUAUCAAUAUUUUGUUUGUUACGUUUUGUUAUUUAAAGCAGGAGAGAAGAAUUAGAUUAAAUGAUUUUCAUAACAAGAUAUGCUUUUUAGAUAACAAUUUUUUAGAUUACAAAAGGAUUAAUUAUGAGUAUUAGACAGCUUUGUGGCGAUUAAUUUUCGAUAUAAUUAUCACUUAAGUUCUAUAAAUAAAGUAUUUAUCGACUUA